UAUAUAAGUCCUCCGAACGCGUGACACCGCUUUUGAAGUUUUGAAAGUUAGACAGUUCGGGUAUUCAGUGACUUUAGUGUUAGACGUUUGUUCCGACUUUGAUUCCGAGUAAUAGUGUUCUGUGUUCUUAUCAAACGUAUAAACCACGCUGGUUCUGACAUUCUGCUGUUAUUGUAGUUGAUUGUUGUUAGUAAACAGAUUUGAAAAUGGUUAUAGUGGGCAUUGAUUUGGGAACAACAUAUUCAUGCGUUGCGGUGUGGACAAAUAAUAGUGCUGAAGUGAUUGUGAAUGAGCAGGGCAACAGAACAACGCCUUCAUACGUCGCAUUCACGCCACGUGAACGACUUAUUGGCGAAGCGGCGAAAAAUCAAGCAGCUGUUAAUCCUUCGAACACAAUUUUUGCAGUCAAAAGGCUUAUCGGACGGAGGUUUGACGAUGUCGGCCUCCAUAUGGACCUGAUGCACUUACCCAUCAAAGUUAUCAACGACAACGGUAAGCCUAAAAUUUUAGUCGAAUACAGGGGCGUUAAGAGAAAGUUCUCGCCCGAGGAAAUUUGUUCUAUGCUUUUGUAUAGAAUGAAAGAGGUUGCUGAGAACUAUUUAGGUGACAAAGUCGAUAAAGCAGUCGUGACUGUUCCCGCUUACUUUACUGAUGCACAACGGCAUGCAACAAUAUUGGCAGGCAAAAUUGCCGGUCUCGAUGUUGUUAAGAUUCUUAACGAGCCUACAGCUUCUGCACUCGCUUACGGCUACGAUAAGAAACUUAAAGGAAAUGUUUUAAUUUACGAUUUGGGUGGUGGCACUUUCGAUGUAUCCAUUUUGUCAAUCGUUAAUUCUGUGUACAAGGUUAAAGCUACUGCAGGAAACUCGCGAUUAGGUGGUGAGGACUUUGAUCAUAGACUGGUAACAUAUUUUGCUGAAGAUUUUUGUAAAAUGUUUGGCGUUGAGAUAAUACGGAAUGCAAGGUGUGUUCGACGCCUUAAAUCGGCUGCUGAAAAAGUCAAGCACAUUUUAACAUCUUCACAAGAAGCUACAGUCCAUAUCGAAGGUUUGUAUGACGGAAUAGACUAUACUGGGUGCGUUACUAGAGUAUUCUUUGAAGAAUUGUGUUCAGACUUAUUCAGUGAUACACUUAAACCUAUUGAAAGAGUUUUGCGAGAUGCUCACAUGCAGAAGUGUAAUAUUGGCAAAAUUAUUCUAGUUGGUGGAAGUACUCGGAUUCCAAAGAUAAGAAGUAUGGUUAAAGAGUACUUUGAUGGUAGGGAUAUAACAACGUCUAUUAAUCCCGAAGAAGCUAUAGCACAAGGUGCAGCUAUACAGGCAGUGAUUAUGACUCAAAAAUGUAAGAAUAUGAUACAGGAUGUGUCACUUGUUGAUGUUGUGCCAUUAACCCUAGGUGUUGAAACAGCUCGUGGAAUGAUGUUUGAUGUUGUAGAACGUAAUACUUCUAUACCGUGCAGAAAAACAAAAGAGAUAACAACAUUAGAGGACUACCAGACUGCCAUGACUAUUGAGGUGUUUGAAGGAGAAAGAGCAUUGACAAGAGAUAACAACUUGCUGGGUGUAUUUGAGCUUGGAAAUAUCCCACCAGUGCCACGAGGAGUUGCAAAAAUAGACUUGAUUUUUGAGAUUGAUGCAAAUGGUAUUUUGACAGUCUCUGCACGCGAUAAAAGUACAGGAAACAUGAAGAGUAUAACAAUAGAAAAUACACAUAGAUACAACAAGAAUGAGGUUUGUAAAAUGAUUGCUGAUGCUGAAAAGUUUCAUGAAGAAGAUGAGGAGAAUAAACUACGCUUAGAAGUGCGGAAUCAAUUGGAAACAUACAUCUAUAGUGUUAAGCAAACUGUUGUUGAAAAUUUGGAGAGUGUUAGUGGAGAUGAAUGUGCAGCUAUGAUAGGUGAAUGCAAGGAUGCCCUCUCUUGGCUGAAUGAAAACAUGGAUUGCCUGCGGGAGGAGUAUGAGAGGAAAAUGUCAGAGUUGUUACGUAGAUGGUCUGCAACAGUGAGGAGGCUCAGCAAGAAAUUCAAACAUCAAUCGAAGAAGCAGCGAGGUGAAAAUGAAAGAAAAUGUUAGAAGAAAUAGAUAAUAAGUGAAGUAAGUUAGUUGCAUCUAAUAUUAUAUAAUUUUUAAAUAAAUUUUGCUUUACAGAUGAACAUGUUUUGUUUUUUCAGUGGUGGAGGCAUAUUGGUAUAUUUUGAUACCUUCAUAUGUUAUA